CUCAGUUCUUCUCCUUUUUCUUUCUUUUUACCUUGUUCAAUACGCCUUGGUUAAAGACUUUUUAAUCCUCUAAUAUGGCUUCAAAUUACAUUUCUGCCACUUUCUGUUCAAUCCUAUUGCUCUUCUUGUGUUCCACUUCCAUGGCUGCUUUGGUUCAAGAACAACCCCUUGUUCUAAAAUACCACAAUGGUGCUCUUUUAAAAGGAACCAUAACCGUUAAUCUCAUCUGGUACGGUAAAUUCACACCUAUCCAACGGUCCAUAAUCGUUGAUUUCCUUCAAUCUUUAAAUUCCAAGAAAGCCCCAGUUCCAUCAGCUGCUUCUUGGUGGAAAACAACUGAAAAAUACAAAACUGGUGCUUCAACCCUUAGUGUUGGAAAACAAAUCCUAGAUGAAAAAUAUUCCUUAGGAAAAUCUUUAAAAAAUUCACAUAUUGUGUAUUUGGCUUCUAAAGGUGGUCAUAUGGGCAGGUCAGUGAACUUGGUGUUAACGGCUAAGGAUGUUUUUGUUGAAGGUUUUUGUAUGAGUAGAUGUGGGACUCAUGGUUCAACACGUGGCAAAAUCAGAUUCGCUUAUGCUUGGGUUGGUAACUCUGAAACUCAGUGUGCGGGUCAGUGUGCUUGGCCUUUUCAUCAGCCCAUUUACGGCCCACAAACGCCUCCGUUAGUUGCACCUAACGGGGACGUUGGUAUUGACGGAAUGAUCAUUAAUGUUGCUACUGUUUUGGCGGGAACCGUAACGAACCCGUUUAAUAAUGGGUAUUUUCAGGGUCCAGCAACGGCGCCGUUAGAGGCUGUUUCGGCUUGUACGGGUAUGUUUGGGUCGGGUUCGUACCCGGGUUAUGCGGGUCAAGUACUUGUUGAUAAGAGUACGGGUGCUAGCUAUAAUGCGCAUGGGGUGAAUGGGCGUAGGUUUUUGCUGCCUGCUAUGUGGGACCCAACUAAAUCUGCAUGUACGACACUCGUUUGAGAGGGAACAAUAAGAGGGAGAUAAGGAGAAAAGAAGAGUUGGGGUUGGAUUGGAUGCGGGCGAGUCUACGUAUGUGUAUACAAGGACUGCAGGAUUUCGAGGGCGUGAGUGGUUGUCGUUUUGUGUGACUGUAUAUGCCUUUGCUAUUAAGUUUUAAAAAAUGUGUAAAAUGCAAUGCAAAUAGGACUAUAAUUAAAUAAAAAUUAUCCAUAAGAGUAUUAGUGUUUGUAUAAAAUAUGAAAAAAGGUUCUUUCUUCUUCU